ACAUUUACGAGCAUUUAUUUAAAUAAAUAAUUAUUUUGCUCUGUGAUGUAUUUCAUUUAUCACCGACUUCGUAUAAACGACAGAAUAAACUCAUAUAAAUGUCUUUGUGACUGAUCUUAGAUUAUGUCAGAGACAUUUAGCUCCUGUCACCGGUAAUAUCAUUGAGGCUAGAAGCAAUUAGUCAACGGCCUGGCCAUCGUUGGAGCAUCUCAGUUGUGCUGAAUAUUCCUUUACAACCUGUCAUACCAGUUCUCCCAGAACAUCUGCUACCAGUCACUAAUGGAUGCACACUCUCUGUCUCCCACCUAUAUAACUUCUCUUUACUAUAUCCACGAUUAUUAAUAUAGAUGUACAAGUUUUUUUGUCUACAGUAUUUCUGCUAGAGAUGUCCCAUUCAAGUACCAAAUAAGCAUAUUUUCUACACAUGAUAAUGGAUAUCACAAAAUAAGAUACCGAACCUUAGCAGCUUGUACAAUCAGACAUUUCUCAUUUUUCAAAAUUUACUAGAAUUAAUAUGGAGGAUGCAGAUCCCUUGGACACUUCUAACAUAACCGUUUCUGAGAAUAUAGAAUCGGUUACAGAGGCAUGUGAUGGUGAGAAACCAUUUUCUUGUGAUAAGAAACCUUUAUCUUGUAAGCAAAGUCCAUCACAGAGAAAUAUUAUUUGUGAUGUAUGCGGAAAAUCUUUUGUGAAUUCCAGUAAUUUAACAAAACACAAAAGAUUACAUACUGGGAAAAAACCAUUUCAGUGUGAGAUUUGUGGAAAAUCAUUGAAUCAGAAGUCGCAUCUUAUUCUCCACAAACGCAGCCAUACUGGAGAAAAACCCUACAACUGUGAAAUCUGUGGAAAAUCUUUUGUGGACAAAUGUUAUUUAAAGAUUCACAAUAAAAUGCACACUGGGGAAAAAUCUUUCAAUUGUGAAAUAUGCGGAAAAAGAUUUUCCCACAAUUCACGCCUCGUCGUUCAUAUGCGUAGCCACACGGGAGAAAAACCUUUCCACUGUGACACAUGCGGAAAAUCAUUUGUGAAUAACAGUUUGUUAACAAAACACAAGAGGGUCCACUCUGGAGAGCAACAGUCUUUUGACUGUGAAAUUUGCGGAAAAUCAUUCACUGAGAGCUCUCGCCUCGUUUCCCACAUCCAUAGCCACACCGGAGAAAAACCUUUCCGCUGCGAAGUCUGCGGACAAUCAUUUGUCAAUAAUGGUUAUUUAACGAGGCAUAAAAGGAAUCACUGCGGAGAAAAACUAUUUCAGUGUGAAAUCUGCGGGAAAUCAUUUCCACAGAAUUCGAAACUUGUUAUCCAUAUACGUAGCCACACUGGGGAAAAACCUUUCCACUGUGAAAUAUGCGGAAAAUCUUUUGUUCAUAGCAGUAACUUAAUAACCCACAAAAGGAUUCACUCUAGAGAUAAGCUUUACCAUUGCGAAGUCUGUGGGAGAGGAUUCGUCAGUAAUAGUUACUUAACAAAGCACAAAUGUAUAUACAGCGGGGAAAAAACUUUCCACUGUGAGACAUGUGGAAAAUCAUUUGUUGAUAGAAGUAAUUUAACCAGUCACAAACGGAUUCACACUGGGGAAAAACCGUUCCGCUGUGAAGUAUGUGGAAAAUCGUUCAGGAAAAACUCGCUACUUGUGGCCCAUAUACGUAUUCAUACGGGAGAGAAACCUUUCCACUGUGAUAUAUGUGGAAAAUCUUUUGUGGAUAAAAGUAAUCUAACGAGUCACAGACGAAUUCAUACUGGAGAGAAACCGUUCCACUGCGAAGUAUGCGGAAAAUCAUUCUGGAAAAACUCCCUACUUGUCACCCAUAUACGUAUCCAUACGGGAGAGAAGCCUUACCAUUGUGAUAUCUGUGGGAAGUUCUUCAGUGCCAAUUCUCGUCUUAUAGUUCACAAAAGGAUUCACACAGAAGGAAAACCAUAUCAUUGUAAUAUUUGUGGGAAAUCUUUCACUUUAAACUACUAUCUCGUUAGUCAUAAAAAGGUACAUACAGGUGAAAAACCGUUCCAUUGUGAAAUCUGUGGAAAAACUUUUUUAAUAAAUCACACCUUGUUAGUCACAAAAGGGUACACACUGGGGAAAAACCCUCCCAUUGUGAUAUUUGUGGAAAAUAUUUUUACUCUAGUAGUAAUUUAGCAAGACACAA